AUGACUUCGUCAGAUACUGCGGGACUGGAGCGAGCCGUACUGGCAGCGCUCGGAUCGCUUUAUCAAGUGCAUGGGUCGAAUGUGCAUGAGAUGCAGGCGGCCGACUCUUUCCUUCGUGGUUUUCAGCUUACACCUGCCGCCUUCGAUAUCUGUAUGUCAUUACUGGACCAAAUAUUACAAAAUUCUAUCACACAACCGAAUUCCGGAUCAUUGGAUUCGAACAACGUACCUCCCGUGUUCUUUGCAGCACAGACAUUGGCCAUAAAAUUACGACGUCGGCUAUCCACGUCAGAAUUGGACGAUGGCGCUUGGGUCAAACGGAUUGUAACCUGGUUAUCCUGCGGCAUUCGUUUACCGAAAAUGGUGGUUACACAGCUGUUGCUCGCCCUUGUAGCAACAUUACCGAAACUUAAAGUCCAAGAAUUCAAGCCCCAAGCUUAUAAUGACAUUGAAAAGAACGCUAGUGAGUUCUAUGCAGCGGUCCUAGAGACUUGCGCUCAAUGCAAUGGCCAGAGUGUGGUGGGGUACGCUCUUUUGCAUAUGGUACAGCAAAGGGUACCCCCUGCAGUGUUUGUCGAAUUUUUGCUUCUAUUAGUUGAAGAAAUCGAUAGUUUGAUCGACCGAGGUUCCAGAAAGAGGAUGCAAGACGAGGUAGAUGCCUGGGCAUCGGUAGUUUUGGACCGUUUACUUCCUCAAGUAAUGCAUGAAGCGAGUAACCAACAAUUGGGCAAUUGUUCCGACGGUGUCGAGAUUCAAAAUACAGUGCUGCGUGCACUUACAGGCUGGGUACGUUACGUCAGAAUCAACACUGAUGUGGUGGUGCGUAACCCUUUGUUACACUCAUUACUGACCUUUUUAAGUCGAGAUGAACUUUUUGAUGCUUCCGUCGACUUGGCUGUACAGUUGGUCAUUUCUUACGCUCACGAUGCGGUUGUUAUUCAGUGGCUUGCUCCAACAUUGUUGUCGCUACGACGAGCAUUCAGCGUCGCGGCAGAAGCGGAAGAUGUCGACACCUGUCUAGGACUUUGUCGAAUUUUUUCCGAAAUGGGAGAAGCAUGUUUUGGUUUUAUCCAAACUAUUGGAAAUUACGAUGUUGCGCUGGUAGAUCUACUACUGGAUUGCAUGAGUUUCUCGGACGCUGAAGUUGCAGAUGUGACGAUUCCGUUUUGGUUACAUAUGUUGGGGAACUUGCAGCAUCGGAAUUCAGCAACUUUGGAGCGAUAUCAGCCUCAAGUUAUGAGAUUGGCGGGAUUAUGCACGCAAAAACUCCAAUUUCGUGAUGAUUUUCUAAGCUUACCAGGUGAUCAACAGCAAAACUUCAAAGAUUUUCGUCAGGAAAUAGGCGAUAUUCUAAGAGACUGCUGUCAAUUGCUGGGUGUUGAAACAAUUCUUCAGCAUUGCGUGAAUGGCUUGAACCUGGUUUUUCAAGCUCCACUGGAUUCACGGAAAUGGGAAGCCGUGGAGGCACAUUUGUACUGCUUUCGGUCGAUCGCGCGUGAAGUGGAGAAAAGCAAUACAAACACUGAGACUUUAAACGCUUCGAUAUCGCUGAUUUUUCAGCAUUUAACUCAAUUUGCAGACCAUCCAGCCAUCUGCUACACUGCUUGUCUGAUCGUAUCACGUUAUGCCAAGUGGCUCCACGCACAUCCGACGGUAUUAUCGCCAUUAGUAGGAUUUCUUACGACUUGUGUGACGAAAAGUGCCGAGAUAUCGUCUUACAAAGAUUGGGAAGUGGCAAGAGCAGCCGGUGCUGCUGUUCGUGCAUUGGCCAUCGACUGCUGGCUGAUGCUUGGGCAAGACAUAGUCGCCUUUUACUUGCAAAUUGAGCAAACGGAAGUCAUGGCUGUUGAAGAUCAAGUGCUGAUUUUAGAGGGCAUUUGUAUAGGUGUGUCAAGUGUGAAAGACCGAGAUUGUCUGCUAACUGUCCUGGACCAAGUGAUGAAGGGAAUCGGCCAACGACUCACUGCUUUGUUUUCGUCAAGCGCUGCUACGGAGCAAGUGGAUAUUGCACUUGAUGAACUCUUACGAUUAAUUUGUCUCUACGAAUAUCUUGAUAGUCCCGACAUUCAAGGCGAAAGACAUCCACUUGUAAUGUUAACGGAGCAAUUGUGGCCACUUUUUAAUCAGAUAUUGACCGUCUAUCGUGGUCACGAUGAACUUGUGGAACGCGUCUGUCGGUGCUACAAGCGCAUUCUUCGCACUUGUGCCCUACAAAUUGCACCACUGUUGCCGCAACUGGUCGAUAACCUACUCAUGUUUUACCAGGCAGAGCCUAAAUCAUCAUACCUUUAUACGGCUAGUAUGGUGCUCAAGUUUACUGCAGACAGCAACUCGACCGAUCUGAAUUCAUUGUUUGCUCGAAUGAUUUAUACCCUUAUUGAAAAGACAACACCUAUUUUUGCUAGCGUGAAUGACAUGGAGGCGCAUCCAGACGUCAUCGAAGAAUUUUUUUACUUGAUGGAACGCGCUAUACGGUGUGUACCGCUAUUACUAGCUGCAUCAGUGCCUAUGUCAUCAAGUGAUCCACAGUGUCCGCUUUUGAUAAAUAUUUUGUCGUGUGCAGUAUCGGCGCUUUCAAUCUCGCACAACGACGCCAACAAGGCAGUGUUGUGCUUUUUAGAGCAAGUCUACGAGCAGUCUGAAGCUAGAAUUAAGCUUUUAUCAUUAUGUGAAUUGAACAUGGCAGUGCACGAAGGAGGUAAGAAAAAGCUGGUAAGUUGUCUUCUUGAGGGCAUCGUGCUUGGCACUAUGUCGCCUUCCCGCGUAGAUGCAGAACACGGAUCAAUUGCUGGACUGUUUGUAUGUCUUGCAACUGCAAAUGGGUCACAGCUUCAACAGUGGAUCACGGAAUGGUUCGAACAGGCUACAGUUGGGACAUUUGCUACUGCUAAGGUGAACUUUCUUACACUAGAUGAGGCGCUUGCGUUUCGCAACGAUUUAUUUAGUUCGGAAAAUGAACGCACAUUUCGACACCAAUUGAGUAACACAAGGUCACGCGUUGUACACCCCAAGUUCAUUCCAUUAGCCCUCUGGUACACGCACUUCAGUUUUGAUGGAAGCAUAAAUGGGCCGCUGCUGAUGAAGGCAAGGAGCUCAGGGUGGGCAGGAAAAAUUCACCGAAAUUUUCCAGUCGAUUACACUCUUGAUGGGUUUCUUGCUAAAGUUGUAAGCUCCCGCCACUCGUAG